GCUGCCCGGAAACACAUCCUCGUUCACUUCCUGUUUCUGUCAACACACGUGUAUAUGUGUGGCGAAGAACUGCAGAGAACCUCACCAGAACCCUUUUAGAACCCGUUUGCAGCUUGUACGCAGUUCGUUGAAAGUCUCUUCUCCGGUCCAGAGUGUAGUCCGCUAUGUUGGAGGAACUGGGUCUGAUCGGGACCAUCGGGGACGAUGAUGAGAGCCCGGAGGAACCCGACACCGAGUCCGAGCAGGAGGACAAGCCGAUCAUCCUGAAUAGGAAGAAGAAGUUGGGGACUCGCGGGGCGAAAGACUUCAACACUGACUUUGAUUUCGGAGGGCGAGACGGGUUGGUCAUUGACGAUGACUGGGUGAUGGCUGAUGUCAUGAAGCAGCUGAAGAACAAGAGGACUGUGACCACUCUGGAUCAGAAAAUCGAGAAAAUCAGGAAGAAGAGGAAAGCGGAGGAGAAAUCCGCUGACAGUGACCCUGCAGAAGGCUCUUCAGGGAUGAACCAGGAGGAAGAGGAUGACGAAGAGGAUGUGAAGCCUCCUGCAGAAGAGGCAGAUGAUGAUGAUGAUGAUGACGAAGUAGAAGGGGAGGAAGAUGAUGAAUUUGACUCAGAUGAUGAGAAGAUUUUGACCAAAUCAGACACUCUGAGGGACAAAGAGCGACGAGGAAAGAAGAGGAAGGCCGAAGAGGAGGCUCCGGAGUCGUUCCAUGAAGACGCGUCUCAGUUCAAUGAUAAGCUGACCUUCGAUGACAUGAACCUGUCCCGACCCAUCCUGAAGGCCAUCACAGCUCUGGGCUUCAAGCUGCCGACUCCCAUCCAGAAGGCAUGUGUUCCUGUCGGCCUGCUGGGCAAAGACCUGUGCGCCUGUGCUGCUACUGGGACAGGGAAGACGGCAGCCUUCAUGUUGCCAGUGUUGGAGCGUUUGGUUUAUAAGCCCAGGACGUCCCAGGUGACCCGUGUGCUGGUUCUGGUUCCUACCAGAGAGCUGGGGAUUCAAGUUCACUCUGUGGCCCGGCAGCUAGCCCAGUUCACCUCCAUCACCACCUGCCUUGCUGUCGGUGGGUUGGACCUGAAGUCUCAGGAGGUGGCAUUGAGGGCAGGGCCAGACGUUCUGAUCGCUACACCUGGUCGGCUGAUCGAUCAUCUUCACAACACACCGAGCUUUGAGCUCACGCAAAUCGAGAUCCUGAUCCUGGACGAGGCCGACAGGAUGUUGGACGAGUACUUUGAGGAACAGAUGAAAGAGAUCAUCAGGUUGUGUUCCUACAACAGACAGACCAUGUUGUUCUCCGCCACAAUGACAGAGGAGGUGAAAGACCUGGCAGCAGUCUCGUUGAAGCAGCCAGUGAGAAUCUUUGUGAACAGUAACACAGACGUCGCUCCGUUUCUGCGACAAGAGUUUGUCCGUAUCCGACAGAACAGAGAAGGAGACAGAGAGGCCGUGGUGGCUGCUCUGCUGACUCGAACGUUCCAGGAUCACGUGAUGUGUUUCACUCAGACCAGAAAACAAGCUCACAGGCUGCACAUCCUGCUGGGACUGAUGGGACUAAAGGUUGGAGAACUGCACGGAGAGCUGAGCCAGAACCAGAGACUGGAGAACCUCAGGCGUUUUAAAGAUGAUCAGAUUGAUAUAUUGGUGGCAACAGAUGUAGCAGCCAGAGGUCUGGAUAUUGACGGAGUAAAAACGGUGAUAAACUUCACCAUGCCAUCCACACUGAAGCACUACGUCCACCGUGUCGGCCGGACAGCCAGAGCGGGUCGUUCAGGGCGUUCGGUAUCUCUGGUCGGAGAGUCGGAGAGGAAGAUGCUGAAGGAGGUGGUGAAGUCCGCCAAAAGCACCGUGAAGGCCAGAGUCCUGCCACCAGAUGUCAUCCUAAAGUUCAGAGAUCUGAUCACCAAACUGGAGAAAGAUGUUUGGGCUGUGAUAAAGCUUGAGAGAGAGGAAAGAGAGCUGGCAGCGUCUGAGGCAAAGCUGAGUGUUGCUCAGAAGCGUCUGGAUGGCACCACCUCGUCCUCUGACGCUCAGAGAGUUUGGUUUCAGACUCAACAGGAGAGGAAGCAGAACCGCAUGUCGAAGGCUCUGCAGGAAUUCGAUCUCGCCCUGAGAGGAAAGAAGAAGAGACAAAAGUUCCUGCAGGAUGGUGGGAAGAAGAAAGAGCUGACGCCUGAGGAGCGUGCUCAGUUCGAGAUCCUGAAGGCCCAGAUGUUUGCUGAGCGGGCGGCCAAAAGAGAGAGACGGCCGAAGAGAGCAAGAGCGAUGGUGGAGGAUGAGGCGCCGACUCCAGUGGCCAAACAAAAAUCAGGAAAAGGAGGAAAGAAGUCCGUGUUUGACAAAGAGCUGACCAACACCAGCAGCAAAGCUCUCAAAAGCUACAGAGCUGGGCCAUCUUUCGCAGACAGGAAGCGUCUCGGUAUGGACAGGAAACGUCCUGGUAACUCCAGGUUCAAGAAGAAGAAGUGAGAGGCUGAAGAGAGAUGGUCACCUGGAGCGGCAGUGUCAGCUCCAUGAAUUUUCCACAUUACCUUUACGUUCACAUCUGUAAAUGUUUUCAGUAUUGUUCAUUAAAAAAGUUUUAAAUAAAGUAUUCUGUGUAUAAAAUA